UAAAGAUCCUAAUACCAAUUCUUAUUUGAUCAUUAUGGAGUUAUGUAAAUGUGAUCUUCGGAAAUAUUUGGAACAGAACUUUGGGAAUAUUGAUUGGUUUGAAAAAUUACGAAUUCUAAUGGAGGCUGCUAACGGAUUAAAAACAGUACAUUCUGCUGGUCUUGUUCAUCGUGAUUUUCACUCGGGAAAUAUUUUAGUUGGCUAUAAUAAUUCUAUUUAUAUUUCAGAUCUUGGAUUGUCAUAUAAGGAUACUACAAAUUCUGUAAGCUCUGGUCCAUUAGCCAUUGUCAAAGGAGAGCGCCCACAAACAGAUAGAGAUGUGUUUAUACCUAAAUGUUACGAAGAAUUAAUGAAACAAUGUUGGAAUAAUGAUCCAUCAAAUAUGCCGAUGGCAAUGAAUUAUAUGAAAUAUCAAGAGGAUGGUAUCUUAUGGCCAUGGAAUAAUGAAUUUAUAUCAACUGCACAUUUAACAAAUGAGUUUCCAG